AUCGAGCUCCUGAAAUUUAAUUUUUCAAGAUGAAGUUUUUAUUGGCAAUCACCUUUUUUAUUUUCAUUUCUCUGUGGGUUGAAGAAGCCUAUUCUAAGGAAAAAUCUUCCAAGAAAGGGAAAGGGAAAAAGAAGCAGUAUCUAUGCCCAUCUCAGCAGUCGCCAGAGGACCUUGACCGGGUGCCUCGGAACUCCACCAGCGAUAUCUUGAACAGGAUGCUGGUCAGUUACGAUCCCAGGAUAAGACCAAAUUUCAAAGGUGUUCCUGUUGAUGUAGUAGUCAACAUUUUUAUUAAUAGUUUUGGGUCCAUUCAAGAAACCACAAUGGACUAUAGAGUUAACAUCUUCCUGAGACAAAAAUGGAAUGACCCCCGGCUGAAGCUCCCCAGUGACUUUCGGGGCUCCGAUGCGCUCACAGUGGACCCCACGAUGUACAAGUGUUUGUGGAAACCUGAUUUGUUUUUUGCAAAUGAGAAAAGUGCCAAUUUCCAUGAUGUGACCCAGGAAAACAUACUGCUCUUUAUUUUUCGGGAUGGAGAUGUCCUUGUCAGCAUGAGGUUAUCUAUCACUCUUUCGUGCCCGCUGGACUUAACUCUGUUUCCCAUGGACACACAGCGCUGCAAGAUGCAGCUGGAGAGCUUUGGUUACACAACUGAUGAUUUGCGAUUUAUCUGGCAGUCAGGGGAUCCCGUUCAGUUGGAAAAAAUUGCCUUGCCUCAGUUCGAUAUUAAAAAGGAAGAUAUUGAGUACGGAAACUGUACCAAAUAUUACAAAGGCACUGGCUACUACACAUGCGUGGAGGUCAUCUUCACCCUGAGGAGACAGGUCGGGUUUUACAUGAUGGGUGUCUACGCCCCGACCCUGCUGAUCGUCGUGUUGUCCUGGCUUUCCUUCUGGAUCAACCCCGACGCCAGUGCCGCCAGGGUGCCGCUGGGCAUCUUCUCUGUACUCAGCUUGGCCUCAGAGUGCACCACCCUGGCUGCUGAGCUCCCCAAAGUGUCCUACGUGAAGGCACUGGAUGUCUGGCUCAUCGCUUGUCUUCUCUUCGGCUUCGCCUCCCUGGUAGAGUACGCAGUCGUCCAGGUGAUGCUGAACAACCCCAAAAGAGUGGAGGCAGAAAAGGCCAGAAUUGCUAAGGCCGAGCAAGCAGAUGGCAAAGGCGGGAAUGCCGCUAAAAAGAACACUGUGAAUGGUACAGGGACCCCUGUCCACAUCAGCACUCUGCAGGUUGGUGAGACCAGAUGUAAAAAGGUCUGUACUUCUAAGUCCGAUCUGAGAUCUAAUGACUUCAGCAUUGUCGGAAGCUUACCGAGAGAUUUUGAAUUAUCCAAUUAUGACUGCUAUGGAAAACCCAUCGAAGUCAACAACGGCCUGGGAAAGUCUCAAGCAAAGAACAGCAAGAAGCCUCCCCCUGCCAAGCCUGUAAUCCCAACAGCAGCCAAGCGAAUUGAUCUUUAUGCCAGAGCGUUAUUUCCUUUCUGCUUCUUGUUCUUCAAUGUUAUAUACUGGUCUAUAUAUUUGUGAUAAACGUUUUCCACUUGUAUAAAACAAAAUCCUAUUUCAUUGUGACCACCCUCAUUCACAUUUACUGAUCUGUGAAAACUUUUGCAUUUUCAUAGCAAUAUAUUGCAUUUUGGAUGCCAUUUGAUUAAAAUAAAAUGUGGCACCUUAAUUUGAAUGGCAGCAUGAACCUGUAAUGUGUGUGCUCUAAUAAUGAUGUAUAUAUGUAUAGCAAACAUAUUGCUUUAAAAAUAAAUGAACAAUGAGCAUACUACACAAUAUAAAUUAAAACAAUUCUCUUCAGUUAGUGUAAAUUGCAAAUACUUCAGGUAAUUCUGAUAAUGAAAUGUUGUGCACGCUGCUUCCUGUUGUGGUCACCUUUAUAAUGUAUUAGUAGUAUUUCAGAGUUUCUGCUUUGUAAAUUUCAGAAAAGACAUCUUAUUCUUGUAUUAAGAUGGUAUUAUCACAGAUUAAGCAGAGUUGUAUUCAUAUUGUUUAAACUUUGUAAGUAGAAAUAUAUCAAUUAUAAAUUAUGCAGACUGUGGAGAAAUAAAGUUCACAAAACCAUUAAUUUGUAAAAAUCAGAUCAUUAUAUCUCAGUUGUCAGAAUGCCAGCUAGUGAAACACAGUAUGCAUUUUUGAAACAAAGGGAAAUCUGGAAUUAGACCAAUGCAUACUAAAUUCUGGCUUUUGAUAAAAGCAAAGAAAAGAUAGAUGCAUCAUUUAAGUAGUUAGCAUAAAAACCUUACUGAAUCCACCUUAAAAUUUAAACGUAUUUUCAUGAAUUUCAUUUGUUGAUACAAAUUACACAAAAGCAUUGUGCCUUAAAAACAGUUACACAAAUUUUACAUUGAAAUGCACUAGUAGAUGUGUUAUUUCAGUUCAUUUUAGUGAACCAAGAGGAAAUAAAUGUCAUAUUACUAGAAGUAACUUGAAUUGGAAAGACUACCCACUAUCAUUAAAAUUUUAACUUCUUACUGCAUUAAAAUGCUCAUGCAUUUUAAGUAAUAUUAAAAAUAUUUUCUAUAUUUUUUAUUUAUUUGAAUGUUUUGGGGUAGAUUACAAAACACUUAAAGAUUAAGUAAAUUAUAUCUUUGUUUAUGUUAGACUUCAUUUCUACUUACAGUUUCUUUCUGGCUGAAAGUCUAGACAACUGAGAUUUACUUUCUUUGAUCUCAUUCCAAUCUGAAAGUAAGCAUUAAGUCUCAUUUUAUGAGACCCACCCCAUUCCUAAAAAUAUCACGUUCAAUGCACCUUUUUAUUUCUACAGCUGGUGAAGUUAGAAUUAACAGUAAGAUAUGUGUAAGACCAAGUGGAUAUGCUGGGAUGUUCCAGAUGAGAGUUUGUAGGGACAAUUUGAUGGGAUAAUGUGUUAAAUAAUGUAUUAAAAUAUUAUGCGAACUACCAUAUGUAAUACAAUGCUGUUUAGUUCAUUGAUGACUAAUUGUAAAGACCUCAUUGAAAAAACUUUAAUGGGAUAUAACUUAAUCCUCUGUAGUCCUUCAGCACCCCCUAGUUGCAAAAGUGUAACCAUUUGAGUGAUUUUAAGAUGCCACAGAUAACUUUAUUGAUGAACGUCAAUAUCCUACAAAGAUCCAGGACAAUAGUGCUUUAACAAAACUAUGUGGGGGAAAAUGUCUUGAAUAGGAUUUAAAGCAUUUAAAAUUUUAUGUAUAAUAAUUGUACUUACAAUGUUUUUUUAUUUUUGCAAAUUGUAUUCAUUUUGGGGAGAAUGAUAGAGAAUUUUAAGUGGAACACGUACCAUACUCAAGAGAAGCCCUCAUUAUGUAGAGCUGUAUUUGUUGGAAAUAGUGUGAACAAGUAUCUUUUCUGAAAUAUAAUAUUGUAGCUUCUUUGGUAAAUUUUAAUACCCAAGUAAUAUAAGUAAGCAUCCCUGGACUAAGCGUAUAUCCAUAACUUCAAAUAGAACAUUACCUAGUGAUCAUACAAAUGAAGUCCUGCUGACAGUUUGUUUUUAAAGGUCUCUCAAAGGUUGGUCGUAACUGCAGGGCAGUUCCUGCCUGUGUACUUCCAGUAUUACUUUUUUCUAGAUUUGUGAGAGCUCCUGAUGCAUUAAAUUCAGUGUCAUUAAAAUAAAAGUUAACAUCUUUUUCCUCACAAA